GCUCGGCGGGCUCGGCGGGCUCGGCGGCAGGUCCCCGUCCCCCUCUUCCCCGGUCGUCGCCCGGCCCGGCCCCGGCCCCGGCCCCGCCAUGGGCCUCACGGUGUCCGCGCUCUUCUCGCGCAUCUUCGGGAAGAAGCAGAUGCGGAUCCUCAUGGUGGGCUUGGACGCCGCGGGCAAGACCACCAUCCUCUACAAGCUGAAGCUGGGGGAGAUCGUCACCACCAUCCCCACCAUUGGCUUCAACGUGGAGACGGUGGAAUACAAGAACAUCUGCUUCACCGUGUGGGACGUGGGCGGCCAGGAUAAGAUCCGGCCCCUCUGGAGGCAUUACUUCCAGAACACUCAGGGCCUCAUCUUCGUGGUGGACAGCAAUGACCGGGAGCGGGCCCAGGAGUCCGCUGACGAACUACAGAAGAUGCUUCAGGAGGACGAGCUGCGGGAUGCCGUGCUGCUGGUAUUCGCCAACAAGCAGGACAUGCCCAACGCCAUGCCCGUGAGCGAGCUGACGGACAAGUUGGGGCUGCAGAGUCUGCGCAGUCGCACCUGGUACGUCCAGGCGACCUGUGCGACGCAGGGCACGGGGCUGUACGACGGGCUGGAUUGGCUGUCCCACGAGCUUUCCAAGCGUUAGCUGGUCUCGGGGGGGCCUCCGGUGUAAACCCCCAGGGGGCUUCUCAAGGACUCCUCAGGGGCAGCUCUCCCUUCUGCCCUUCUCUCUCCCACUCCCUCAUCCCCUCCCCUCGGGCGUGGCUACUCCUGCCUGCAUGUUUUCUCCCUCGCCAGAGCCCUUAGAGGGUCACGGCAGGGCCCCGGGCCCCUCCCCACCCCCCGGGGGGGGGGGCGGGGCCGGGCUGGUUCGCUUGCCUCCCUGGGGGCUGUGGGAGGGGCUGGCGGAGGGCAGGGCUGCCCUUCCCCCCCAGACCGGCCCAAGGGGGCUCGGUUUGCUUUUGUUUUCUCCGUUUUUGGGUACCUCCCCAGGUGGCGGUCUGUGGUGGGGGCCGAGUGCAGUGGGUGGAGCUGUUGUGUGGCACUGGAUCUCGAUUAAUAAAUCUGCUGUGAUUUGUA